AUGGCGUCUUUGUUCUUCAUAGAUCCUUCAUUUACCGGCUAUGGAAAAAGUGGAGUACGUCUCCUCAAGAUUAAACGUAGUGGAAAAUACCACGAAAUUAAACAGGUAGAAGUUGCAACAGAGCUGAAACUGGAUAACUACCGAGAUUAUAAUUAUGGAAACAACUCAAGCGUGGUGCCAACAGAUACUCAGAAAAACACAGUCUAUGCAUUAGCAAAAGACCAUCCAGUGAGUAUAAUAUCAUUUUAUUUUAUCUUAUCUGCAGCUUUUGCAUCAUAGAUGUUAGGAAAUAAGGGGAACGUUUAUGACACUUGUAACUGUUUUUUUUUUUUAAUUUAUUUUAAUGUAUAUUUAAUAAUUUCGCUUUAGAUACGCACGCUGCAACCUCCAUAGGGUGCUUUGCGGUUAUGCAAUUACGGAGCUAAGACGAGGAGGGGAAGUAAAAUCACCCCAAAAUGUAACCUAGGUCAAGGGUCAAUCUGAUCACGCGAGUGUUUUUGUCGUAAGAUUUCUUUAUGAAGGAUUUUGGAUCGUCUGAUAGUUUCGAACGAGGGCUUUAAGUUCUUUAUUCGGUCAAGUUAACCUUAACAAUAGGCUGGACUAAAGGGAUCGUGAAAAGCGCUCAGACAUGCCCCCUCCUUCCUAUAUCCCAACUGAAGGCGCUGUUUGGAGUGUUCUAGUGUAAUCUUUUCUCAAAAGCUGAGGGUUUGAAAGACAACCUGUUGGAAACAUUCUUCAAAAACACUAAGAAAGGCAAGGUAAGUAUCACCCCUAAGCCCCCUUGAAUUUGCCCAUAGGACAUACCUGUCUAAUCUAUACCUAACGGGGUAAUUUUGUAUUAUCCUCUGAGUUUGUAAUGUAAAUUGGCCACUGUAAAGAGUUUCAAAGCUGACAUUUUGAGUGUUAGUCCUUUACCAGAGCAAAUGGGGUAGAGCAAGAUGUCCAUUCACUCUGAUGAAGGGCUAAUGCUCGAAAUGUCAGCUUUGAAACUCUUCACAGUGGCCAAUUUAUGUUAUCAACUCAGUUGAUGUAACUGUUGUACUCUCCCACUAACACACCACAGUUUCUUGACAAACUUACUCACUUUAUUCAUUAAUCUAGAUCUAAGUUAACAAAUGAAUAAUUUUUGUUUGUGUUACAGCUCAACAAUAUAGAAGAAUUUGCAGUCCACAUCUGUAAUCAUUUUCUAACAACACAUAAACAGGUAAGUAAACUUCUUCACUAUUUAUAUCAAGCACAAUUUUAUUUACAUUGUGAGUGCUCAUGCAAGAUGGAAAACAUUUUGGGAGAAGUAAUUCUUCCUUGCAUGAGAGAUGUUACAGAUUACAAGUUUAGAAUGAACUUCAGUGAAUUAACUGAGAGAUAUUCGGCAGGUUUUAAAACUUGAACCAAGUGUAUCUAAGCUUGGUUUUGGUUUGCAUGUUAUCAAACAUGAUCAUCUUGAGGAGAGACAACAUUGUGCAUGGCUGUUUAUGGAAGGUUUGACUGUAUUGUUGUUGUUGUUGUUAAAAGUUGGAUCAUCGUAGUUUGUUGCUUAUUUUUAUUUUUUUUCAACCAGGUAGUUCAUGUAACUGUCAACAUUGAUGAGUCACCCUGGAAACGUAUCCAACAGGUAAACAAAAGAGUACACUUUGUGCUGAUGUAGUAAUAAUCUGCAAACUCCCAAAAGUGACUAGUUGAGGAAUUCUCUCUACAGACAGAUAAAGACAAUUAUCAUGAAAAUUCUGUCUCAGCUUAUUAGAUAUGAUCCUCUGAGUUUUAGUUUAACCCUUAAGUAUGAUAUACAUGAUAUAAAUAUCAUGCAGACAAGUUAUGAGAAUCAAGUCAUGAGAAUAAAGAAAAAUAUCAGUUAUAGGAUUACUAAUUGAUCCAAUACCAAAUUCUCCAAACUAACAUAAUGAGAAUCAUUUGGCAGACAGCAAGGAAGAUUACUAAUGAGAUCCUGGAAGUUAAAGGGUUAAAAUUAAUUUCAGGUCAAAAUGGUUUCAUGUUACAACAUUUACACUAAAUUCUUGAGAACAGCACACAAAGAAAUUUAAAGUAUGAACUUCCAUUUGAUAUGAAUGGCCAAGACCCUGACUUAAAGGUUGUUGUGAUAAUUUUCAUAUCUUUAUUAAUAAUUAGCUUGAUUUUUUUUUCUCUGUUACAGAAAGGCGUUGACCAUGCUCAUGCAUUUGUUCUCACUCCAGAAGUGACAAGAUUCUGCUCCGUUACUCAAGCAAGAGGAGGUGCAGAUAUGUGUUUGUACUAAUAACAUUUUUAACACUGAUGCAUAGAAGCUGUUCCAUUCCCAGAGUUUGUGCGUUUGAAGUCAGUAAUAAUUAUCUAAAUUACAGUGUUUUUACUUACCGACCAUAUACUUUCUACAAUGUAACACAGGGCGUGAAAUUAACUUUUUUUUCUGAUAGCCACUUGGCUCCUAAAUUCUUCAAAGUGGUAGCCAAUUCAAAAAAAGUUGGUCGCCAUUUUCAAAGACAAACAAAAUCUUUCUUUACGCUGUCAGCGUUCUAGAUAGACCCUUCAAAAUUAAGUUAGGGAAAAGAUCUUUAACGUGCUACAAAGUGGACACUAGGAUAGAUGAUAUACAACGUUCAGGCUCAUCUAAAUCCAAGAUGGCGUCUAGUUAUCGAUCGAGAUGCAUGUGCUACGUUUUGGAAACAAACUUAACGAGGAUGUUUGCCGCGGAUUUAUCUUUGCAAAUCUUUUUAAUUCACUAUAUCUCUUGGUAAGGUUAUGAUGAAACGUUCUAGUCGCCAAUUUGGCGACUAACUUUCAGGAUUUGGUCGCCAAAGUGAAAAAUUUAGGCGCAUUGGCGCCUGUAUUAGGCGCAAUUUCACGCCCUGUAACAGCAAUCAAACAUAAUAAUACUUCACUGUUCACUCCUUUCUUACAAAUUUUUUUGAAUUAAUUAUAAUAAUUUACUGGUUAGUUAAAUCAAAAUGUAACUUUUUAUUUGUUCAGAGAACAUCUUUUUUUUUACUUUGAAUUUUUAAUGACAGUACUAGUAAUUGCAAUUCUGAACUUUGUAAAACAUUAUUUAUUGGCUUGUAAUGAAGAUUUUUGAUAACUUACUGGUCAGUAUUAACUUAUUAAUAUUAACCCUUUAACUCCCACGAGUGACCAAGACAGAAUUUCUCCUUACAAUUGCAAUACAAUACUAAGCAAACAAGUGACGAGAAUAAAGAAAAGUAAACUAGGGGAUAAUAUUGGUUGAUCCAUUAUGUAGUUGUCAGAACUAACAUCUUAAGAAUUGUACGGCAGACAGCAAGGAGAAUUACUAAUGAGAUCUUGGGAGUUAAGGGUUGAAUAUUUGUGACAUUGUCUUGUUUUUCAUUCAGAGGAUCCCAAGGUAUCAAGUGGCCUCAAGGAGAUGCAGAUAUUGAAAACAACUCAAUCAGGAUUUACAGGUUAAAAUCUCAUUGUUAGCAAUUCAUUCUACUCUUGCAACAAAGGUUCAACACCUUUCUUCAAAGUUUUAUGCUUAUAAGUUAGUUGGAGAAAAAUGACCUGGUAACAAUCUCUAUUCUCUUCCAGGAUUUUGCAAAGACAAAUACACAAUUUUGCCAGAAGCUACUGAUCGUCCAUUCUCCACCAAAGUGUACUGCCAGUACAAGUUUGACACCACAAAGGGUGUGGACUUCUCUUCCUGUUGGUGAGACAUCAAUAUUGAUUCUCCUAAGUUUAAUUUCUUUUUCUUUUUCAGUGCUUACUCUUGGUUAAGGGAGUAAAAAUCAGGUCUCUGAAUUGUGACCAGUAGAGCUCCUCUUGUAGGAAUCAGCUUGAAUUUCUUGUGUUAGAUUGGGAUUUAGAUCUCAAGGUUCAUGUGUCAAAAAAGGGAGCUUUAUCACUAAAAUGAAAUCAAUUUCAGUUGAUUUAUAUGGUAUUUCCUUGGAAAUAUUUAAUGGACCAAAAGAGAAUACAUUUGGAUCAGGAUUUCUUGUUACAUUUUAUAUCAAAGUAGUUAUUUUAAGAAUUAUUUUGCAUAUUAGAUAGUGCUCUAAAAAAAAUUAAGGGAGUUUUUACCUAAUCUUGUUGUAUUCUAAAAGGAAUCUUGUCAAGAAUACAAUCUUGGAGGAGUUUGCUGGGCCUCCGGACACUGGGGUUUACUCACCCUCUGUACAGGUAACUACAUUUUUUGUCACAAUUGAUGUUAUUUGCAGAACAUCAAAAUAUCAAAAGUUGGUGUAAUGUCAUAUAUAGGGAAUAUUCCACGGAAAGUACACACAAACGAUUUUAUUCACGAGUUGAGAUACAUCAACAAACAAGUGAGUGAAAACACUUUCCAUGGUAUGAAGUUUUUAUUUCAUACAUACUGAGAUUUUUUACAUUUCAAUUCAAAGAUUUGAAGUGAAUGACUGUGAAAAUAUAUCAUUCAUCCAAUCAGAGACACAAGCAAUAGUACUUUACAGUGAAAAUCUCAGUAUGUACACACGUAUGCAAUAAAAGACUUAACCGACUCAACAAAAUUUAGAUGUCAAUGAAGAUAUCCAUUGCUGUUCUUUGGUUAUAACCAAGAACUGUCAACUCACAACAACACAAUGUGAUUAGGUUAUUAAAAGAAAGUAGGAGUGGUCACUGCCCCAUUACAGGGCUCAUUUAUUUUCAUAGCAUAUUGAUUAUAUAAUAUUGGGAUACUUUUUAUACUCAAUUUUUUUGUGACAUGAUUUGUUAAGGUGCUCCUGCCAUUGAACUCCUUAUAGAUAUUUUGGAUAAACCAAGAGUUGCUUAAAAAAAUGUGAACAAAAAUCGAUAGGUUUCCAUUAUCAUACUCUUUUAUGAAUUAAGAGUGAUUUCACUCAAAGGCAAUUUUUAUUAUUUUUAUUAGAUUUAUGCUAAUCAUGGUAAAAUAAUUUUUUUGGGUAGAAAUGAUGAGUAAGACAAAGAUGUGAGUUCAAAAAUACAGUUAAUCCAACUGAUAGUGGGUGCACAGGUACAGGUGGGGGUGGGGGGGACCUGCCACCAAUGGGCUAAAAUUUUGGAUUAAUGAUUAUUUGAUAAGGACCAUGGCUCACUAUUUUUUUACAAGAGUUUUCCUACUUAAAAAUAAUUGUGUAUAUGAUUCAUCUGCCAAAUAGAAACUUAAAAUGUCAAAUUCAAACCACCCUCAAAAAUAUUUUGUUUGGUUGCAAGUACUCAUUAAAAAAGAUUUAAAAUAUGAUAUUCUGAUGCUUCUUAAGCUUAAGAGGAAGUCCACUAGUUUGUAGAUGAUUGACAAAGAGAGUCUCACUUCUUUUUUUUUGUAUGUGGUCUUAAUAACAGAAUACCUUAUACAAGACAGAAGCAAAGAUCUUGAGCAGUAUUCCACAGGUGAAUUGAAAAAUUUCAGCUGGUGUUUGUUAACAUAGGAGCCUGAGAUUUUGGUCCAAAAGUACUGGAUUUUCAUCUGCUAUCACUGCUUACUGACUGACCUACUGAGGUUAUAAUGCAAUACAUGUCUGCUUCUUUGCAGUGACCAAAAGCAGCUCAUGAUAAUCAAUAUUUUGAUCAUCAUCAUCAUCAUCAUUGUUGUCUUCAUUGCCACCAUCUUAACUAACCAUUCAUUUCUUUGGGGCUUAUCAAGGCCCAAAAAAUCUACAUAAACAUUAUUUUUAAACAUCCCAACUGGCAGAAGGCAGAUUAGGUUGCUUUGAACAAAUAGCACCUAACAAGAACAGAUCCCAUAAGGAUAAGGGCUUGAAAUUGAAUCCACCUGGCUGACAGUUUUGUAUCCUAGUUGCUCUGUAGCCUUAUCUGACUCCCAGCUGUAAAAUUUGAGGGCUUUUACAAUGCUGUUCUAAGCUUCUGCAUUUUGAGUGUAACUUAAGUGCUGUUUAAUUUACAGAUUGGUUAUGUAGAAAUGGUGAUGCCAAACAUCCAUUACUUCACAGUGAACAUGGCACCAUUUGGAAUAGCAAACAAGGAUGAGGUCAGAAUUUUAAUGAAAAGUAACAUAUCAAUGCUGUUCCACUGAUCCUUUGAACCUUAUCCACCUCACACAUGUAGCUGUAGAGUAUAGCAUAGAUCACCAAUUGAUCAUUUCCAACUUACACAAUUUUGUAGCAUGUCCUUGUCUGCAGAAUGUCUGUCCUAGCCUACAGAAUAGGACUAAUUUUGGGGUGUGAGUGCUCAGUAUUAUCUCAGUGAAAACAAAGCUGCCUUCUUCGAUUUUACAGCAGUGGAAGGCUGGGGAGCAAACAAAAUUUAUACCAAGGGAUGAGCACAGGGGGAGGUGGGAAGGCAAAUGCUCAGCUUUAUUUUUGUGGAAAUUAUAGCUGCCAUCUUUGAUUUUUACAGUAGUGGCAGGCUGGGGAGACAACAAAAUUUGUACCAAGGGGGUGAGUGUCAGUCAAAGGAGGGGGGACAGGGUGAGCCCUUCCCUGCCCCCAUCCCCCACCAUUGACUCUAACUCCAAAUCAAACAUGGCUGUAUGAAUAGAGAAUCAUGAGCCCCACUAAGAUGCCUGCAUUGCAGGCUAAGUCUGUUCCAGUUGUCAGCUAUUUCCUCCAUCCUUGCUUCUACAAGUAUCUCUCUAGUCCAUGAUUCUCUGGGUUCUCUAUGGCAUACUGGUGUCUGGAAUGUGAAACAUUAAUGAGUACUGUUUUUUCUUUUGGAUGACAUUGCUACAAUAGUAUAUUACAGGAAAUCUCCCUUCCCCCUGUCAGCUCUUUUCAAUUUUCCUAGACAAUUGGCUGGUACCUUUUAAAAUUCCUAGAUAGAUUGAAUAACCCAAGUAACGUUUAUUACUCUUUUCUUAACUGGUAGGUUCUGAUGGCUACAGACAAGCCAGCUGGUAUAAUAAAGGCAGCUCUGUCAAGGAAACCUGUGGCAAAGCUGUAAUCAGCAUGGACUGUUUGUGAAUGAAAGGGCUCUCUUAUCUAUGAAUCAAAAUUUGUGAAUCUUUCUCCCACAGUUGAUUCAGUAAUUUGCUUUUUGCCCAAACAACGCAUCUAUUUUAUCAUUGAUAAUUAUUUUUGAUACCUGGAAAUGAAAAGUUAAGUAGGGCGAUGAGACAAUAAUAAUUAUUCUUGUUACAAUAAUGUGAUAGUUCGUUACUGGACAAGUGAAAACUGUUUGACUUUGGUUUUUAACCUUUUAACUCUCAGGAUUUGAUUGUUAAUUCUUCCCUCUAGCCGCUACACAAUUCCUGGUAAACUAGUUACGAGAAUUUGAUGUUAGAUCAAGGUAACAACUUCGGCCUGAUACAUUUUAGUAUUCUCAUUACCUGUAUGCUAGUAAUGUAUGGAUAUCAUAAGGAGAACAUACAAGAUUAUCACUUCUGGGAGUUAAAGAGUUAAGUGCAUUCUUAAAUCAUGGGUAAGAGAAUUAGAUAUCAGAGAUAAUAUACUCUUCAUGAUCUCAAUCGAUGUUAAUUCUUGAAUCCCAUACAUACAUACGUGAUUUUAAUUAACAUUUCUAGAAAAACUCAUAGAUUCAUUAUUGUCAAUUUGGAAAUAGGAAUUACAUAAGAAAAAUCAGGUAAUUCAAACUUUUUAAAGGAAAUAGGCCUAUGAAGCCAACGAACUGCCACUAUAGACCGGCAACGCGGUGGUAUUUUUGGUAAGGGUUCCAGAAAAGACAGAAUUUUUAUCUCCCCUUGAGCCCAAAUAAGCAAAGAAUACUUUGACACAGGUAAAUUUUUGUAUUCUUGAUAUUAAGCAAUAACAUACGAUCGUAAUGAGAGAUUAAAGAGCAU